UGUCAAUCAUUCAUAACAAUAGGUUCGGCGUUGAACGUUGGAGUAGAUCACUUGUUCUAAACAAACUCGUUCGAGAAUAGAUUUAAUCAUGUUAAGAUCAACUGUAUAUUCACUUACCUUGGUUCUUACCAUCCUCGGCAGUAUGCCUUCGACAGACGCGAUUGGAUUUGACAUAUUGGACCAACUAUCGGAACUGUUGUUCGGAUCAUCGGAGGAAGACUCGUCUGAUAUGAUCAUUACUGCAAAGCCAGAUGCAUCGGUCACAGUGUUAUGCGAAAACAAAUGCAACCUUAAUGUGACUUGCGUGAAUUGUAAUAAGAUUGAUACCACCAUGAUGGGUUCUGGUGCGUCAGGCGGCGGAGCCAAUGGUGGUUCUAAUGGUGGGUCUAAUGGAGGUUCUAAUGGAGGUACGAGUAUGGGAGGUGGUAAUGGUGGAUCUAGUGGUGCUGGUUCUACCGGUGCUCCUGGUAGUACUGGUGGAAAUGAUAGUCCUAGUAGCAGUACUCCUAGUCCCGAUGAUACUACUCCUACUCCUUAAAGUGGUCCAUAAGGAUGGCACGAAUGUUAGUUAUUAAUGAUUCCAUAGACGAGUCAAGAUGUAGUUAAACAAAUUGUUAAUUACAUUCAAUACAUUCUUUGUCAUAAUGACAAAUAUUAGUUGAGCAUUCGGUCCUAUUCGUGAAUCAAAAGCAAAUUGAACUUUAAAGUGUCAGUUCAAUUAUUUUCAAAUAACCCUGUUUGCAGAGCAAGAUUACUUUUGGCCUUGGUCUUGCUGGGUAGCACCAGCCAUUCUUAUGAAUCUAAGUCUGAUAUUCAAGUCUUUAUCUAAUCAGCCUUUUGGAUAUCUGGAUGAACUUAACAAAUAUUUGUCAACCGUCUAAGACGAGUUAAGUACUCUCCAUUUAAUUCCACCAAUUAUCCACUGCAACGGGAUUCGAACCCAAAACAAUUUUAAAAUGUUCAGAGCGCCUACUAAAACCAUCGCAUCGGCGCAUCGUCAGAUUCAAUCAGCUUGGAGUGGCAGAGUAAGCAGCAUUUGAUUUUCGCGAAACAUGGGAAGAAGGAUAACAAUUUUUCGCACCAUCGCUUGUGCCGGAGUUUAUCGCACUGUAAUUUAUCCGGAUAAAAUGCAUGGUGGAGUGAUCUGUUGUCGCGUGAGUGAGUGAGAAAUCCGAACCCUGGACUUAACCGUGAUUCCACUUGUCUAGGAAAUCUAUAGUGCCGUCUUCCACACGAUUUAAGCGUAAUUGCAGUAAACAGAUGUUAGUUAUUAGUUUGAAUUAAAGGAAUGUAGAAGAUAAUCUUGUUUGCAAUUCUUAUAGUACAUAAGGUACUCGAGAGUAAAUAAAAUAUGAAUUUCAUUACAAUUUUGAUGAACUAUGUAUUAAACGGCGCUCAGUACUUAAUACAGUACUC